CCUCUCCAGCAUCCCGCGAAGGUCCCGAUUCCACCCCCAAGUCCGGAAUCGCUGCCGCCCACCAGCCGUGAGCGCAUCCCGGAGGCUGGCUGCGCUGCCCUCCCAGGGACGGGGGACGGGUCUGCUCAGAGGACACACGCAGGUGGCCAGCGGCGGCCGCGCAGGUGCCCGGGAGUGAGGGGCUCAGGCGUGGCGUGGACACGGCCGCAGACCCAGAGGCCGGUCAGAAGCACAGGCCAGAGCGCGGGCGCCGACCUCCACCUCCGGUUGCACAGGUGCCCCCGGGACCUGCUCCGCUUUUACACAUGCCUGGCUCACUUCCAAGAGCAUCACCUUUCCCUCUCAAGAUGCACUUCCUGUUAAACAACGGUCUCUGGGAGCCUUGCAGCAAAUCCUGAGAGCCCGGCUGUCCCUGCGGGCGCCCGGCCCCAGCAUGGAGACGCGGCCGGGCGCCUACAACGGCUCCCCCUCCGGCCUCGGCCUGCCCGGCACGCUGGCCAACAGCUCGGCCGCGCUCUCGGAGCAGCAGCAGUACGCCAUCGGGCUCUUCCUGUCCUGCCUCUACACCGCCUUCCUCUUCCCCAUCGGCUUCGUGGGCAACCUCCUCAUCCUGGCGGUGAACAUCCGCUUCCGGGAGAGGAUGACCAUCCCCGACCUGUACUUCACCAACCUGGCGGCCGCCGACCUCGUCCUGGUGGCGGACUCGCUGAUCGAGGUGCUCAACCUGGACGAGCAGUACUACGACAUCAGCGCCCUCUGCACCUUCAUGUCGCUCUUCCUGCAGGUCAACAUGUACAGCAGCGUCUUCUUCCUCACCUGGAUGAGCUUCGACCGCUACCUGGCGCUGGCCAAGGCCGUGCGCUGCGGCCCGUUCCGCACCAAGCCCCGCGCGCGGCUCAGCUGCGGCCUCAUCUGGAUGGCCUCCGUGUCCGCCACGCUGGUGCCCUUCACCGCCGUGCACCUGCGGCACAGCGAGGACGUCUGCUUCUGCUUCGCCGACGUCAGGGAGGUGCAGUGGCUGGAGGUCACGCUGGGCUUCGUGGUCCCCUUCGCCACCAUCGGCCUCUGCUACUCGCUCAUCGCCAGGGUCCUGGUCACGGCGCACCGGCACCGCGGCCUCCGCCCGCGGCGGCAGAAGGCUCUGCGCAUGAUCCUGGCCGUGGUCCUGGUCUUCUUCGUGUGCUGGCUGCCCGAGAACGUCUUCAUCAGCGUGCACCUGCUGCAGCGGGCGCCGCCCGGGGCCGGGCCCUGCCAGUGGUCCCCCCGCCACGCGCACCCGCUGGCCGGCCACGUGGUCAACCUGGCCGCCUUCUCCAACAGCUGCCUCAACCCCCUGGUCUACAGCUUCCUCGGGGAGACCUUCCGAGACAAGCUGCGGCUCUACCUGGAGCAGAAGAGCGGCCUGUCUGCGCUGAACCGCUUCUGCCACGCGGCCCUGAAGGCGGUGGUCCCGGACAGCAGCGAGCAGGCCGAGGUGAAGUUCAGCAGUGCCGUGUAGGGGGCGGGAAGGGCCGGCCACUGUGCCCCGCGCAGCCCUGAGGCUCCCUCCCGCUGGCCACUCACACGCGCAGCUGUCCACCCAUCUGGGUCGGGAGCACCGGGCGCG